AUGGCAGGUUUUGACGAAGUUUCCCAAUUGAAGCCGUACAAGUCAAUGUGGAGAAUCAAGGUGAAGAUAAUUCGCAUGUGGAAGCAGUAUACUGCUCAAGGUGGAGAAACAAUCGAAAUGGUCUUGGUUGAUUCCAAAGGUGAUAAAAUCCAUGCCAGUGUUAAGAAAGACUUGGUGGAGCAAUUUGACCCAGUUCUCGUGGAAGGCUUCACGAAGAUUCUGAUUAAUUUUGCGGUCACUCAUGCUUGUGGAUCUUAUAGGACAACCAAACAUCCCUACAAGAUCGCUUUUGUAAACACUACAAAAGUGCGACCCUGUGAGGAACUGCCAAUGAAUUUGACUGGUUUUACACCUGCAAAGUUUCUCGAUGUCUUGGAUGGUAGUCUAAAUACUGACUAUCUGGUUGAUGUUAUCGGUCAGAUUGUCGAGUAUAGUCAUGUGGAAAUCGUGUCUGUUAAUGGAAAAGACACUGAAAAAAUAACGGUUGAGCUGCGUAAUGAAAAUGAUGUUAGGCUUACAAUUGUUUUGUGGGGAAAGUUUGCAAUGAAUGUAAGCGAUGCUAUUCAACUUCGUGCUGACCAUGCUGUCGUUUGUGUUCUGAGGUUUGGCAAGAUCAAAGUUUGGAAAGAGGAUCGAAGUGUAUCAAAUGCAUACAAUGUGUCUGACAUUGCGAUUAAUCCCUCUAUGAAUGAGGUCCAAGCAUUUCUUGCAUUGUUACCAGAAGAUGGUUUGCCUUUGGCAAUCGUGGAGGCCAAGGCUCUUCCAAUGGUUUCUAUGAUUUCAGAGAAGGAAGACUUUUUCAUUCAUACCCCAAGGAAGACAAUAUCUGAGGUGUUGGAGAGCAGACAGACUGAGAGGUGUAUUGUUAUGUGUACUAUAGCAGCCAUUGAAUCAGAUAUGGGUUGGUUCUAUUUGAGUUGCAAAGUAUGCUCUAAGAAAGUUCAAACCGUGCCUAAUGACAAUGAUGAUGGUGGGUUCAAGUACUUUUGUGCCAAGUGUAAGGUUUACACUCCUAAGAUGUUGCCAAGGUACAAGUUGCAUUUGGUAGUGCUUGAUAAUACAAGCAACACCAAAUUUCUCCUAUUUGAUAAUCUUGGGCUCCAGUUACUCAAUCAACCAUGCAUUGAAUUAACUGGAAAGGUUACCGAUGAGGUCCAGAAUCCUGAUGAUUUGCCAAUCGCCCUGACUAACUUGGUUGGUAAGACCUAUCUAUUCAAGAUAGGUAUCGAGAAGGAGAAUUAUCUUUACAAGCACGACACCUACAAGGUUCUCAAGAUUAUCACCAAUGCUGAUAUGAUAUAUGAGUUUGAUGUGAACCAUGAUCCUUCGGGGAGUGAGAGCACUGUAUGCCCACAAUUUUCAAAUGUUUCUGAAGCACCAGAGGGCUCUAUGAUGAUACUUGGUAGUUCCUCUCAAGUGUCGGAAUCAAACAGUCUGACGCCUGCGAAACGUAGUGGAACCCCAAUCAUGAAUUUGGAGGAAAUCUUUGAUCAGAAUAGUGUCACAAAGACAAACGCUGCGGUUAGGAUCAAGAAGGAGAAGAUAGAAAAAAGUGGCUGA